GAGCAAACAUUGCGCCAAAGCACGCCAUAACCGCUUGCGAAUAUUUCACGCCUUGCACGCUCCGCUGAAACUCAUCCAUGGAUGCGAUCUUAAGUAUCAAGUACGUAUAAUCUGUCUCUCGUACCUGAUUUGUUUUUCCCAGGACAGUGUAUCUUCUUGUUCAUUACCGACGUGACACGGAGACAAACGACGCAAACCUGUUGCUUCAAAGCACCAUCAUGACUACAGCGACACUGUCCUCAGUGUUCCAACCGCACAAGGAAAAUUUUGGAAUUAAGGACGCUGUUUUUGUAGCUAUCGAAUCGGCUUCUGAUUGCAUCACUGUUGACAACAAAGGCCUGGAUAGUCAUAAAUGUUCGAUGCAACAUUACGACAAGACAAAAACGGCGCGAGAGAAAGGGUCACUGAUAUCGGCAUCACUUAUUACGGUGGACUUCGAUGCCCUGAGAUUCGACGCAGCUGCUUCGCUGCAGGUCCUUCCAGGUAACCGUCACAUUUGGCCGAAUAUACCAAGGUCGUAUCACCUGAUUUCAUCACCAUACAACGACGCAAAUCACCUUCUGGAUAUACGAACACUGGAUACGCAAUGUUGUCUACUUGCUCAAGCACUUACAUUCCUCAAGCCCAUCAGAGCAGAUUAUGCCACGGCGGACUAUCUAAGCUCUUUUAACUGGACCGAAGUACUUUCGAUUUUGCGGUUGCUGGCCAAGGACAUCGGGCACACAUGGACCUCGCGGGACUUUUACACCGUCAUAUUCCGCUCCCAGCUCAAUGCCGGUGUCGAUCAGCAAAGGCUACAUGAUUUGGAUAAGACCUCGCAUCUCGAGGCCGUUGCGAGCGGACAGCUGUUGAAGUACUGGUUUGGCAAGCGUGAUGAACAUGAGCGAAAUUUAGCUACUUGCAUAUGGCGAUCAAAGGAGGAUGCACGCUUAGGCGGUCUUGGUCCCAAUCACAAGAGAGCCAGGAUGGCCGCAAAGGAGCUAUAUAACGAAAUCAAGUUCAGCACGUGGAGGCUCAUCGUCGACGACGAUGCUAAAAACGUAAAAAUUGAGGAGUGGAAAGAGAAAUGAGACUACCCAGUUCGAGAGAAAGGCGAGCGUCUUCAAAAGACCAGAUAAAAGUAGGGCACUAGGUCAGCUGGCUGUCUCAAGGAUGGCAAAGAAUAUCAUCGAGUUGGAGAUUAGCUGCUUAGCUCGGUGGAGGAGGGUUCACGGUGUUAAAAGGCUUUUGAUCACACAAGCAAGUUGAGGCGUUGUAUUUGAAUAAUGGAAGAACAGUGGAUUACGGUAUAGCAUCUACCGCCUUGCCAAGGAGUAAAGUCUGGCAAUGUCUUGUCCCGUAUGCUCUAAAAUGAGCUCCCGC